GUGGCGCGCGCGCCCCGCACCCGAGGGCUGCGGAGAGAUAUUUUGGGUGGCAGGAGGCCCCUCGUCAUUUCCGCCGGGCGGCUGGUCGUGCCGGGGGCUUCACUCCCGCGCACGAGGCGAACGGGCAAGUUGGCUGCGGACGUGCGGCGGCGGCUCAUUCCUUUAGCGCCGCGACCCUCGGCAGUGCAAGCCAUGAACUGAAGCCCGGGAGGGACGGAGACCCGAGCGGAGUGGCAGAGCCACGGCAGCAGCGGCCGCUCAGCGGGGAGCCAGCAGAGCCGGCGCGGAGACGCGACCCCGGCGCCUUUCCCUCCCCGUCGCCGCUCCCACCGCUGCUUGCCCGCCGUUUGUUAAGAGACCUUGCCACCAGGAGACUCGACACACAAAAGCUGCCUUCUCCGCGCCGCCCUCCCAGCGAGGCAGCGGCCAGCGAGGGACCCCACCUGGGGGCGGCUAGGGCUGCUGAGUUCGUUUUGUGUCCGAGCUCCGCGCCCCGCGCCCCGCGCGGACCCGACUCCGUGCCCAUGGCUCUAAUCAUGGAACCGGUGAGCAAAUGGUCUCCGAGUCAAGUAGUGGACUGGAUGAAAGGUCUAGAUGACUGUUUGCAGCAGUAUAUUAAGAACUUCGAAAGGGAGAAGAUCAGUGGGGACCAGCUGCUGCGCAUUACGCAUCAAGAGCUAGAAGAUCUGGGGGUCAGUCGCAUCGGCCACCAGGAACUGAUCUUGGAAGCAGUUGACCUGCUGUGUGCCCUGAAUUAUGGCUUGGAAACAGAAAAUCUAAAAACGCUUUCUCACAAGUUGAAUGCAUCUGCCAAAAAUCUACAGAAUUUUAUAACAGGAAGAAGAAGGAGUGGCCAUUAUGAUGGGAGAACCAGCCGAAAAUUGCCAAAUGACUUUCUGACUUCAGUUGUGGAUCUGAUUGGAGCAGCCAAGAGUCUGCUUGCCUGGUUGGACAGGUCGCCAUUUGCUGCUGUCACAGACUAUUCAGUGACAAGGAAUAAUGUCAUACAGCUCUGCUUGGAAUUAACAACAAUCGUGCAACAGGAUUGUACCGUAUAUGAAACAGAGAAUAAAAUUCUUCACGUGUGUAAAACUCUUUCUGGGGUCUGUGACCACAUUAUAUCCCUGUCAUCAGAUCCUCUGGUUUCCCAGUCAGCCCACCUUGAAGUAAUUCAGCUGGCAAACAUCAAACCAAGUGAAGGGCUGGGUAUGUAUAUUAAAUCAACAUAUGAUGGCCUCCAUGUAAUUACUGGAACUACAGAAAAUUCACCUGCAGAUCGGUGCAAGAAAAUCCAUGCUGGGGAUGAAGUGAUUCAAGUUAAUCAUCAGACUGUGGUGGGGUGGCAGUUGAAAAAUUUGGUGAAUGCACUACGAGAGGACCCGAGUGGUGUUAUCUUAACUUUGAAAAAGCGACCUCAGAGCAUGCUUACCUCAGCACCAGCUUUACUGAAAAAUAUGAGAUGGAAGCCCCUUGCUCUGCAGCCUCUUAUACCUAGAAGUCCCACAAGCAGCGUUGCCACGCCUUCCAGCACCAUCAGCACACCCACCAAAAGAGACAGUUCUGCCCUCCAGGAUCUCUACAUUCCCCCUCCUCCUGCAGAGCCAUAUAUUCCCAGAGAUGAAAAGGGAAACCUUCCUUGUGAAGACCUCAGAGGACAUAUGGUGGGCAAGCCAGUGCAUAAGGGAUCUGAAUCACCGAAUUCAUUUCUGGAUCAGGAAUAUCGCAAAAGAUUUAAUAUUGUCGAGGAAGAUACUGUCUUGUAUUGUUAUGAAUAUGAAAAAGGAAGAUCAAGUAGUCAAGGAAGACGAGAAAGCACCCCAACUUAUGGCAAGCUACGACCUAUAUCUAUGCCAGUGGAAUAUAAUUGGGUGGGGGACUAUGAAGAUCCAAAUAAGAUGAAGAGAGAUAGUAGAAGAGAAAACUCUCUACUCCGCUAUAUGAGCAAUGAAAAAAUUGCUCAAGAAGAAUACAUGUUUCAGAGAAACAGCAAGAAAGACACAGGGAAGAAGUCUAAAAAGAAGGGGGAUAAGAGUAGUAGCCCGACUCACUAUUCGUUGCUACCUAGUUUGCAAAUGGAUGCACUAAGACAAGACAUCAUGGGCACGCCUGUGCCAGAGACCACACUGUACCAUACAUUUCAGCAGUCUUCUCUGCAGCACAAAUCAAAGAAGAAAAACAAAGGUCCUAUAGCUGGCAAGAGCAAAAGGCGAAUUUCUUGCAAAGAUCUUGGCCGUGGUGAUUGUGAGGGCUGGCUUUGGAAAAAGAAAGAUGCAAAGAGUUAUUUUUCACAGAAAUGGAAGAAAUACUGGUUUGUCCUAAAGGAUGCAUCCCUGUAUUGGUAUAUUAACGAGGAGGAUGAAAAAGCAGAAGGAUUCAUCAGUCUGCCUGAAUUCAAAAUUGAUAGAGCCAGCGAAUGCCGCAAGAAAUACGCAUUCAAAGCCUGUCAUCCUAAAAUCAAAAGCUUUUAUUUUGCUGCUGAGCAUCUUGAUGAUAUGAACAGGUGGCUUAACAGAAUUAACAUGCUGACUGCAGGAUAUGCAGAAAGAGAGAGGAUUAAGCAAGAACAAGAUUAUUGGAGUGAGAGUGACAAGGAAGAAGCAGAUACUCCAUCAACACCCAAACAGGACAGCCCUCCACCCCCCUACGAUACAUACCCACGGCCUCCCUCCAUGAGUUGUGCCAGUCCUUACGUGGAAGCAAAACACAGCCGGCUCUCCUCAACAGAGACCUCUCAGUCGCAGUCCUCCCACGAGGAGUUCCGCCAGGAAGUAACUGGGAGCAUUGUGGUGUCCCCCAUUCGUAAGACAGCCAGUCAGCGCCGCUCCUGGCAGGAUUUAAUCGAGACGCCCCUGACCAGCUCAGGAUUACAUUAUCUUCAGACUCUGCCCCUGGAGGAUUCUGUCUUCUCUGACUCCGCGGCCAUCUCCCCAGAGCACAGGCGGCAGUCCACCCUUCCAACCCAGAAGUGCCACCUCCAGGAUCACUAUGGGCCGUAUCCCUUAGCCGAGAGCGAGAGGAUGCAAGUGUUAAACGGCAAUGGGGGCAAGCCUCGAAGUUUUACUCUGCCUCGAGAUAGCGGGUUCAACCACUGCUGUCUGAAUGCGCCGGUUAGUGCCUGUGACCCGCAGGAUGACGUGCAGCCCACAGAGGUGGAGGAAGAGGAGGAGGAGGAGGAGGAGGAGGAAGGGGAGGCAGCAGGGGAAAACAUAGGAGACAAAAGCUAAUACACUGCGAGAGUUGGUAGAACCUCUCCAUGCCAAAUCGGAUCCACUUCUGUUGGCACUCAACCCAUUGGACUCACAGAUUGAUAAGCUAAUGUUUAGAGAAUUUAGAUCGGAGAGAGUCGGCACGACGCAGACUCAACAUCAACCUCUUGCAAGCAACUAAAAUGGCCUCGUCCUUGCUGUUUAUUACAGAGAACAGACUUUUAAAAGCUUAGAUCAUCAAGUGUUUUUGGAUUGGGGGCCUCCCUAAAGGGAUAUUAAGAGGGGCAGGCCACUCUUAAGAAGAAUGCGAGCUUUCUCCACUGGGACUAGCGUAAGAUCAAAGCCAAUCAAGAUGGAACACAGUGACAGAAAACUGCUGUUUCUGUGGGAGAACAGAGGGAAAGGGGAUUGACGGGGGAAGGGCUCUGUGUGGUGACACCUCAGUUAUGUUCUCCUGACACCAGGAAAGGAGAAGGGUCAGCUCCAAUAACUAGAAAACCCUGGCUGUUUAAUGGACUCUUUGGUGGCCUCUUUAAGGCAAAGCAGAGAAAGCAAAUUCUGUGUGUAUUAAGUGUAUUUUGCAUUUUUACAACUUGACGUGCUGUAUUGUACUAAAUUAAGUGUAAUCUAUUAAGGCAAGGUAUCCACAACCUGCUCUGAAACUUACUAUGUUUAUUCUAUUAUAAAGUGUAUUCAGGUGCAACACAGAGACUGCUUUCAGUGACACUAAUGAAGACAAUUCCUCAUGCCAGGCUUUACUAGAUUCCUCAGCUAAAAGCCUAACUUUCUCCUUAUUUCUUGGCACUUGUAUACAAAUGGUAUUGCCUCAUAGGACAGGCAUGGGCUAUUCUUUUCUGUAAAAUUUUCCAAAUCUAUAGGCUGUGGUUUUCACUUUUGAAAAAGUAUUUUGUCUGGUUGUCUUUCAAACUAGCUUCAGAUAUUAUUUAAUACUUACUAUGUAACUGGGUCCCUUAUGGCUCAAUACUGCUUAUUUUUCUUCUGUAGUGGAUGUGAUAUUUCCUUUAUUUAGUUGGAUAAGAUACUCUGUAAUAAUUUCAAUGCUAAUUAAUGGAUAUUUCAUACUGUGCAAUGAACAGAUAAUUUAACAUUGUAUUUGGAAAUGUUUUUUUUUUCUCCCUGUCGCCGCAGUGUGUGGUAUUGCAUAAUGUGAAUACCUGUAAAAAUAUAAAUUACGUAAAAAUAAAAAUAUGACCAGUUGGUAUCAGAUCUUUUCAGAUAGCUAAAAAAUUUGCUUCGUAUGCUUGAUAGUAUAUAUCUUUCUAAAGAGAAGUAAUCUAUGCUUCUUUCUCACAAAUGGAAUUUGUGUUGUGAAUAAAAACACAUUGAUCUGCCUUACAGUUGCUUCUGUGCUCUAACCAUUUGAAUGUGUUUUUUUAAGUAUAUCUAAAAAUGAUGGUUUCGGUAUGUAGAAGUGCAUCAAAAAGCAUGUUGUUGGCAUUUAACAUUAGUGGGAUUGUCUUGGGUCAUUCUCCCUAUUUAAGUCACAGUAAAAUUUUAUAGUAUGAAGAGUUUUAUUUUUUCUCAUUAAGGAAGUAUGGUGACUCCAUGUUAAUUUUUAAAUAUAGUCAUCUCUUAGCUUUGGUUUUAAACUGCCCCCUUUGUGAAUUCCUGCCUAGGAGCCAGAUACCUUGACCCCCAUGUCUCUAUUAGUUAAAUUCUCCAAAUUAUGUGGGUAAAUAUAGAAUCUGUCAUUCAUUUUUGUAGUUGUCCUUCAAAGAACCUUCCCUUUGGGUCAAUAAAUCAAUGCCAAGGACACCAAGAUUCUUCCAUCUGAACUAUUUGUCACUAAAAACUACUGUAGUCCCCUGAAAAUUCAACCACUGUCAUAUACUUGUGGCAUUAAACCGCAUAAUUAGGCAGAAGUCACAUGCUUAGAGAAAGAAGUGCAAAAUAAGCUUCAGCUCUGUCUCUUUUGUCACAUCUUUGUGGACGUAAGCUUUACUGUUGUGCAGAAGGGAUUGACAGACACUGGUAUGGGCUGUACUUAAUUCUGGUGAAGCACAAGGUCAUUUGUUACAGGAUGGGUUUCACAUAUUCUUCUUUAAAAAUACACUUAGCAAUACUGGUGGCUUCACUCAAGCUGUCCUUUCAAAAGAAGUGGUUUUUCCUCAUUAAAAUCUAUUUUUUUCAUCAGAGAAAUGAUUAUUAUUUUGCCUAAAAGAAAAUAAACCAAUUACUUCUAAUUAUGAAAAGGGUAGUUGAUUACAGACUGACAAGUAAAAGCCAGCUUUUAAAAUCUUAUGCUUUUUUUCUGAUACAACAAACUGCCAUCUCCUCCCCCAGUUUUACAAUGCAAGGCAUAGCUAGUUGACUUAUAUAAAAACAUGAAUUAAGAGAGCUAAUCUUUAAUUAUGAAACAAUUCAAAUUACAGUGUAAACUCCUGAAUACAUAAUCAUCUUUAGUAUAAAACCUACAAACACUAAACCCAUCUACAUUAAAACCAUUAAAACUUUGUCACCUUACAUAUAAAUACGUUGUUCAUUAUGGUGCACUAGUAAAUUAGUAUUCACAGAAAAUAGUCCUGUGUUUCCAUGCAAAUGUUAAUUGCCUUUCAUGGCAAGAACAGUGCUCCACGGACGUGAUACCAUUAGCCUGGAAGCCUUAGAACACUCUGUGGCCGUGCAAGAAUGAAUGCCUCUCACGUUUGACUGGUGACUAAUGCUGCUAUGUCCAGCCUUCUCUCCCACUUGUGACUUAGCCUCUCCCAGCCUUCUGUGCUCAUUACACAGCAGUGUUGUGGAAGGAACAACUGUUUCCACAAGGACAUCAUUGUCCAGUUUUAAAAGAGCACAGUUCCCUUCCAAAAUACGUACCAGCACUGAUUAUUCAUUGUUGGCUUGGUUCUUCAAGAGCCCAGUUGGUAUUCUCAUUUUGUUUUGCUUUGUUUUGUUUUCAUUUUUUCCUCUCCUUCCACAUUGUCAUUCCAGGGCCAGGAAAAGAGGGAGGACACUGGAAUGACAUUUUAGGUUUCCACAUUUGUAUUCUGCUCUUCCAAAUUUUCACCAAAGAAACAUGAACAAAAUUACACAAUA